AUGGCAAGAAAGAGAAAGGCUAUUGAAGGAGUGGAAGACAAGAUCAGCUCAAAUGAACAAGGAGCCAUGGGGUGGGAUGAGAUGGUGAAGGAGGCUGCAGCAGCGGCAGCGCUCGGAGGAGCUCGGAGGGCCCGAAAGCGAUUUGUCGGAGUUCGACAACGGCCGUCGGGACGAUGGGUGGCGGAGAUCAAGGACACCAUACAAAAAAUUAGAGUUUGGUUGGGCACAUUUGACACAGCUGAGGAGGCAGCUAGAGCUUAUGAUGAGGCAGCUUGUUUGCUCCGUGGUUCCAACACAAGAACCAACUUCUGGCCUUGCUCCACUUUAUCCUCAUCUUCAUCACCUGCCCUUCCUUCAAAAAUCACCAAUCUUCUCCUCCAAAGGCUCAAUGCAAGAAACAACUCCAUUAUCAACAAUCAAGAUCAAUCAGCCCACGAGAGGAGAAGGCCAAAUGAAUGCAUAGAAUUACAAUCAGAAACUACAACAUGUUUCAUAGACAACAACAAUGUUAUUCUAAGUGAUUUGCUGAACGACCAUGAUCAAGUUUUCACCUUUGGCCACAAUAAUAUCACAGCCAGCAACCCCAAUAUUGAGGAAAUCAGUAGAAGUUUUGAGUCAUGUUUGACUGAGAAAGAUGAAUGUGAUGGUGGAGAAAUGGAGAGCAAUUGGAUGGGAAUGACCCAGAUGGUGAAAUCAAGUAGUGGAGAUAUUGAUGAAAAUAAUGGAGGAGUGGGAGAAGAAGAAGAAGAAGAAGAUCAAGAAGCUGCAAGUGUUGUGGAUUUCCAUUUUCUUGAUGAUAUUGGGCCACCAUGUUACUACUCUCCAUUUGAGAUUGCUGAGGAGAUUGGGAAGGCAAUGGAGGGAUCAGAAGGGAGUGAGGAUGAGCCUUCUUCAAUGAUGAGAGAAGCCAUGAAGAGGAUGAAAUAUGAGAGGAAAAUUUCAGCUUCUCUCUAUGCCUUUAAUGGGAUACCUGAGUGCUUAAAAUUGAAGCUUGAGGGAGGAAAUUAUGGCAAAUCUUCCACUGAACUCGUAACUAGCUUGAGAAGGGCAUGUGAUAUCAAGAGAGAUGAGAAGAAGGUUGAAGAAGAAGAAGAAGAAGAGGAAGAAUAUCAGAAAUUGAUGAAGGAGAAGGAGGAAGAGAAAGAAGAGGGUUCUUCAGCUGAAAAUGAAAUGGAGUCUUUUUCAAGCAGUGAUGUUGAUUUGUCAAUUUGGAGUUCACUGGAUCUGCCACCCAUUUGCUUCGUUAAUUGAAUUUUGCCUUCGCCAUGCCAUGAUGAUCAACAGCAGGAAACCCAGAGAGAAAAUUGGGUUUUGGGAUUUUUUUUUUUAUUUUAAUAUGAGAAGUUGAGUCUAUAUAUACAUAUAAUUUGACGAUUAACCAUAUAUCUAUUAA